AUGGAAACUUCAAACUUGUCCAACUUCAGAAGGCAAGAAUGGCAGAGUUGGGGUCAAAAUUUAAGCAACCAGAAUACUCUCGAGUCCAGCAACAGUGGCAUUCCGCCAUACAGAGCUGUAGUACCUACUAGCACCCCUACAAGUCCGGGGAAAGAGUCUGGCAUCCCGCAAUGCUGGGUUCGGUCGAACAAGGCCGUUACUCUAUUCCUCGUGUAUCUAGCCCUGAUAUGUCCUGUCCUUUCCUGUCCUGUCUCCCCAAGACACCCCAGCGUUUCUGCCCAGCAGGGCCAUAACCCCCUAUUUCACUCUGACUAUCUUCACCCCCAACCUCCAAUUCGUCGACAUUUUCACCUCGUUCGCCCUUCUCUUCUCCGACAAGCCCACCUUCUAGUUCGUCGCGCCCUCGAAGGCCCAUACAAAACAGUGGAAAUUGUUCUGCUUCUGCACAUCGCGUCUGCCCUCUUCGAAUUCGUCCGGUUUCACGCCAUCCAAGCUGCUUUUCCGCAUUCGAGCAACAGUUCCGACAUUGUUCCUGGUUUACUUGAUGUAGCUUCGAUGCUCUUACAGCGUGGGCUGAGGUACCGUCCCUUGAAGGACAGACCCAAGGGCGACGGUAUUAUUGUGCGGUCGACGUUGCAUGCGCAAUCUACGAUGAGGGUGGUGUUUACCCUGAGCGGUUUCUGA